UCUUACCGUAAGAGGGAGUUGGGACCCAGAUCUUUCCAGUUAAUCACACAACAAACUUAGAUCAUCGCAAUAAAAAGCAGCUCGGCUCGCUCUGACUCCUUUAGUGACCGGCUGUGCACAGGGUCCUUCCGAGGAGACAUCUCCUCCCCGCCAGCCGCCGGGGGGGGCCGCCAGCACCAUGUGGGCUACCCAGCUCCUGCCAGCCUUGCUGCUCCAUCAGCUGCUGCUGCCUCCCAUCACCAUCCCUGCGGCAGAAGGUAAAGGAAAAAGGAGAAAUCCUCUUCAUGACUAUAAAAAAACAGGCGAGUUGAUGCUCAUCAAAGUAAACAAAACACUGGAAGUUAAAACCAAGCUGUUAAAUACCACAGAGCAGUGUGCGAAGAGAUGCAGCAGGAACAAAGGCCUUUCAUUCACUUGCAAGGCCUUUGCUUAUGACAGAGUUACAAAACGGUGCCAUUGGUUAUCCUUCAACAGCUUGACAAAUGGUGUGAGAAAGAAGCAAGACCAUGCAUUUGAUCUGUUUGAAAAGAAGGAUUAUGUCAGAAACUGUAUAAUUGGAAAAGGAGCUGAGUACAAAGGAACAAUAUCUGUUACCAAAAGCGGUAUUCAGUGUCAGGCCUGGAAUUCAAUGAUCCCCCAUGAGCACAGCUUUUUGCCUUCGAGCUAUCGGGGUAAAGACCUGCGGGAAAACUACUGCCGAAACCCCCGAGGGGAAGAGGGAGGGCCAUGGUGUUUCACCACCAGCCCAGAGAUGCGCCAUGAAGUCUGUGACAUCCCCCUCUGCUCUGAAGUUGAAUGCAUGACCUGCAAUGGAGAGAGUUACAGAGGGCCAAUGGAUCAUACUGAGACAGGCAAGGAAUGUCAACGCUGGGACCUUCAGAGACCACACAAACACAAAUUUCGUCCAGAGAGAUAUCCUGACAAGGGCUUUGAUGAUAAUUACUGCCGCAAUCCUGAUGGCAAGCUGAGACCAUGGUGCUACACUCUUGACCCUAACACCCCCUGGGAGUUCUGUGCGAUUAAAACCUGUGAUGUUGGCAUCCUGAACAGCACAGAGGCAGUGGCUGAGACAACAACAUGCAUCCAGGGGCAGGGUGAGGGCUACCGUGGCACAGUCAACACUAUAUGGAGUGGGAUCCAGUGCCAGCGGUGGGACUCCCAAUUUCCUCAUCAGCACAACAUCACUCCUGAGAACUUCAAGUGCAAGGAUUUGAGGGAGAACUACUGUCGAAAUCCAGAUGGAUCUGAAUCACCCUGGUGUUUUACUACUGACCCAAACAUCCGGGUUGGUUAUUGCUCCCAGAUUCCUAAGUGCGAUGUAUCAAAUGAACAAGAUUGUUAUCGUGGCAAUGGAAAGAGUUACACGGGGAAUCUGUCCAAGACAAGAUUUGGACUAACUUGCUCCACAUGGGACAAGAAUAUUGAAGACUUACGUAGGCAUAUACAAAUAUUCAGAGAACCAGAUGUUAGUAAACUGAAGAAAAACUACUGCCGCAAUCCAGAUGAUGAUUUUCAUGGUCCCUGGUGUUACACAGAUGAUCCUCUCAUUCCCUGGGAUUACUGCCCUAUUUCUCGAUGUAAUGGUGACACAACUCCUACUACAACCAGUUUGGAUGAUACUGUCAUUCCUUGUGCUUCAACAAAACAUUUGAGAGUUGUAAAUGGAAUCCCAACACAAACUAACGAAGGAUGGGUGGUUAGUUUGACAUACAGGAAUAAGCAUAUCUGUGGAGGCACUCUGGUAAAGGAAGAGUGGGUUCUCACAGCAAGGCAGUGUUUCCCUUCUCGUUACAAAGAUUUGAAAGACUACAAAGCCUGGCUUGGAGUCCAUAACAUCAAAGGAAAGGGAGAAGAGAAGCACAGGCAAGUUCGAAAUAUCUCCCAGCUGGUAUAUGGUCCGGCAGGAUCCGAUCUGGUUUUACUAAAACUUAGCAGACCUGCUGUAUUGACAAAUUUUGUAGAAAUAAUCCGAUUGCCCAUUUCUGGAUGUACCAUACCAGAGAAGACCAGUUGCAGUGUUUAUGGAUGGGGAUACACUGGAUUAGCUAACUAUGAUGGCCUUCUCCGGGUAGCAAACCUGUUUAUUCUGGGAAAUGAGAAAUGCAACCAGUAUCUCAAAGGGAAGAUCACUGUGAAUGAGUCAGAAAUCUGUGCUGUGGCUGAAACCACUGGUGCUGGGCCUUGUGAGCGUGAUUAUGGUGGUCCCCUGGUUUGUGAACAAAACAGGCUAAAAAUAGUAGUGGGUGUCAUCGUUCCUGGCCGUGGAUGUGCCAUUCGCAAUCGUCCUGGGAUUUUUGUUCGAGUCUCUUAUUACUCCCGGUGGAUACACAAGAUUAUGAUGACCUACAGAAAACCCUGAAGAACUCAACAGCUUCCAUUUACAGAGAGAUUUUGGACAGCAUAGAAUUAAGGUGUAAUGUAAAGAUCAACCAUUUUUAAACUACUUGAUAGUCAAGUUUGUUGAACUUCUUUUAAUAUUUAUGGGUGUUAUUGGUGUUUUGUCUAUCAGUGUUGUUUUAUAAAUAUUGAAGUAACUUACAGUAUAUGCAAGUAUAGUGACAUAUCUCCUGAAGAUACUUGAAUGGGUAAAAAAUUUUGCAAAGAUAUUAUUACUGGAUGAUUAAUGGUUUUGUACAAAAAGAUCACAUGACCUUUUUUGGUUUUUUUGUUUUUUUUUUUUUUGCUGCUCUUCAGAUUAUCUUAGAAGGAGUAACAUAUUAUAGCUUUAUUUAACACAACUUCUUUUUAUGAGCCAUACACUUCUCUUCAGAUAUGACGAUAGUUCUACAGGGAGAUGUAUAAAUCUAUCAAAGACAGCAUACAUGAUCCUAUUUCUCAUACCCCCUUAAGAGAGGUCAAAAAAUGGCAAUAUUCCAUUACAAAAAUCAUCCCUUUUGACAUUAAUCUUUUCAUUGUUAACAAACUUUGACAAGACUUCAAUCAGUGGAGUUCUCACAGAAGUCAGUAUCACUUCCUGUUACACAGUGCUUAUAGGCUCUAUUUCUGUACUUGGUCCCUUUCGUGUGAAGGUGGUCCUCUAAGAGAAAUCUCAAAAAACUCUCUGGAUGUGCAAAGAGAUGUUGAAAUGAACUCGUUAGCAAACUGUUGAUCAGUUGUUCAAAGUCACAGAACUAACUGUGAAUUUACUGUGUAAGAAUGUGUAUCUGAUCGGAUUUGAAAAAUUAGUCUUGAUUUGCCACUGAUGGACUUUUGCCACUAAAAGGUAUUUAAAAUAAAUAUGUCCAAAUCCUUCUCAAGAGGUGUUGAAAGGAUUCUACAUAUUUAUUUAAAAGUAACUUUGAUGACAGGAGGAAAAAAAAAAAAAAAAAAAGUUGAUUCUGGCACCUGGAUGAAAGACAGUAGGAGGAAAAUUAGGUAUAUAUUGAAAAACUUUUCAAGGACUUCAGAUAUGUAAUAAGAUUUUACCUAAAUCUAGUCAAAAAAGUGUCCUUGGUAUAGUCCCUUUCAGGGCAAUAAAAUUAUUGCAGGGAGAUGAUCUUGUAUAAAAUAGGGAAAACAUCUCUAGUAGUUAAGCACCUUGUGUUUCUUGCCUGCAUGUAGAUCUAUCAUUUCCCUUUAUGCUGAUUUGGAAAAGGGACAAAUAAUCAGCAUCUGUGAAAAGUGCAUGUUCCGUUUUAGAUGUGUAACUGUAUGUCUGGAAUUAUUAUACAUUUAGCAGCUGGCAAUACAAUAAAAAUUGUGCCCUGGGGGCGCAGUGGUAGGAAUACCUCUUUGCAACACCGGGGCCCAGGUUCGAAUCCCCCCUGUGGCACAUGUGGUAGAAGUGCCGCGCUGCUACACAGGAGGCUCAAAUCCCAGCAUUUGGACUCGAUGAUCUCUAAGGUCCCUUCCAACCCACACAAGACUAUGAUACUAUGAUACUAUGAGUAUGUUAUAGGUGGCACCGACAACCCUGUAAAUUCUAGGAAGCGGAUACAACACAUAUCCAGUUAUUUUUACUACUGUACAUGCAAUUGCGUAAGUAACUGCACUAUUACUUCACUUGUGACAGUGUAAUUGUAUAUGUUUCCAGCAGCAAGUUAUAAGGUAUAUAGAUCAUAUCUAACUGCAUAGCCUCUAAGCUGACAUGAUGAUGUAGACAUAUAAAAGAACAUUUUAUUUCACUCAAAAGACGCAGGGCUGAAUUCUGCCCUGGCAGAAAGAAAUCAUGUAAUGGGAAGCCAUUCUCAUGUUAACUCACCGAAUUAUUUUCUUCAUCAGUGCACUUUGGCUACAGUGAGACUCAAAUAUGCUUACAUCUCCUAGUCAACUAGGAUGAAUUUCAGCCCAAGCUUAAAUGUCCUGGCUUGCUGAGAUUUGUGUCAAGCAUCCAGCAACAUCUACUGGUGCAUAGGAAGAAAUAUUUUAGGAAGUAGAGCAUCUGCAAUUCCUCUUGAUGUAAAUAGUUUCUUUGGAACAGAAGCAACUUCCCUGUACUGGAGACCUGAAGGUGUGAAUGCUACAUGGACAGUCUAUUUAUCCUGGCUGGUUCUGAACCCUUCAUAUUCCUUUUUGUCUCUCUUACUGGCUUAAAGAGGGCAGGAUUUAGCCUUUGUAUUUACAAUUAAUUAUUGCCAUUUAUGUAAAGACUGUAUUCUUACUAAGUAUAUACUGAACACAGCAUAUUGAAACAAUUAACUUUUUGAGAGAGACUUUUGAAAAACUCCAAGUGAGUUUUGUUUUCAGUCAGUAGAAUGUGGAUAAAAUACAUAAUUCCAUGUUCACUCUUUGUACCCUAGGAAUUGUUAUGUGCUCCCUGUAUUACAUGUGCUGGUGUUUUGUUAUGUCUAUCUGAAAAAUUAAAUCUUAAAAUAUUUUAGUUAUAAUCUUCUGCUGUGCAGAAGACUGUGAUUUUUAUAUAUAUAUACACACACGCAUAUAUAUAUAUGAUAAAAAAAUACUGUUUUUUGUUAGACAAUGUGUAAGGAUUUUUACCUGUUUGUUCUGGGCAUCACCUCAGUAAAAUAAGUUGUGCAGAGUUGAUGCUCCAGAACUUAACAUGUUUGUAUGCACUUGCUUAUCAGGUGCUCUUGCUCUCCCUAUCUAUAUGGAGAGCACACGAGACUCUGAAAAGCAAGGAAGAGAAGAAUAAUGAUACGUGGUAAUGAAUUUGUACUUCAUUUAUUCCUGUGAAUAUUUCUUGUUGGUACCAAUGGUACCGUGCCAGGCAACUGUUAUAACAACAGGAUUCUCUUAAGAAAGGACACUCUACAGAUAUUCAUUCAUUGUUCUAACAUUUCUCUAUAUAAUAACAGGUGGGCGUACUUUGGUACCCAUCUAAAUUUCUGAAAAGCCUCUUAUUAACUUUUGUGGGAUCUGGACUUUACUUUGCAGAUGUGAUUUUGUUCAUAUUAUAAUUAAGGGAUACAGAACCUAAACUCUUAUCUAGGGACGUUCUAAAAUUCCUUUGAAUUUCAUCUUCCUUUUCCUAGCUGCAACAUAGAUUUAUGGACUCUGAAAAGGGUAAUAACUGGAUACAAAAUUUUCAAACCUAAGACCUGAGUUUUAGCUGCUGAAGUAAGUUUGACUCAAUGACUGAUUUUCUUUGGGCACUGAAACUGGCUGACACUUCUUUGUCUCCUUAAUGAAAACAUUUCUUCCUUUAAAAUAUAUAUAUGUAUAUUUUUUAUUUUUUUUUUAUUUUAUUUUUUUCCCCUCUCUUUUCCCCUCCUAAAUCUAAUGAUCCUCAGAGAAACUAUAGCUCUCACUGGUAAUAUACUGGUCCAAAUCUUUGCUGCUACGGCCAAAAUCUUCUGUAAUUUGAAAAUAAAAUUCUCCCAGGCAUUCUGCAGACCUUUGCUGUGUGUAAUGCCAGUGUACUUGACAGAGCUACUCACUUGAGUUAGGGUUUUUCAGACAAGGGCCCAAAUAUACUUCUGACGGUCAAAAUCUACUCAGGCAAAAUGUCCCUUGAAAUCAAUGAAUGUGAUUAUCAAAGUAGGGGCUGAAAUUUGCUCAAUGCUUUUCCCUACAGCUGUGCACUGAACUACAUGCUUGCUUUACAACGAAAAGCACACCGGUUCUGGACUACACAGCAACUGCAACAGCAGGUGAGGCUUUAUUGCCAACUUUAUGGAAGGCUGGUUGUAAACCAGUUCACUCCCACGAAACCUAUAUAAAACCAAUAGUAUUGAUUGUUCAGUCUUCUUUCCUUAUCAGUUAUUUUCUUCCUCCUUCACAUGCACUGGUAUAUUAUUGUUUUAUGAAUGUUAGGUCUGCUGGCAGGAACUGACAUGGCUUUUCAUCCUAAAAUUUUGCGGUGAUCCUUUUUAGAUGUACUCUUGGGCAUUUGUGUAUGGUGUUUCCUUGUGUGGGAUCAAUUCAGGGAGCUGCCUGUGGAAUUCAGUGUAUGAUAAGAGUAUUUUUUCAUAUUUAAGUGGGAAAAAUAAUGCUUCCAUUAAUGAUAACUGACCAAAUGCCUAACAAAAAGGGAACACUGUGGUUAUAACCUGUAUAAUGAUCUUCUGUAAUUAAUGGCAUCUUCACUAGUUAAUAAAGUUGGUAUUUUUGUAACCUUGUUUACUCUUAUUAUUCUUAAUAAAAUAUUUUAUAAAAAAUAUCAA